AUGGAGAGCCUAUUCGUUGAAUACGGUAAGAAAAGCAAACUCGUAUUUUGCAUCUAUCCUGCACCACAGACCAGUUUUUAUUCGGAAAAAGCCGAUGAUGAUCCAUUGAUUCAUGAUCCAUUCAUGCAGGCAUCCACUGCGAUGGUUGAACCGUACAAUUCAAUGCUCACCACUCAUACCACAGUGGAACACGUAGAUUGCUCGUUGAUCGUAGACAACGAAGCCAUGUAUGACAUAUGUCGAACAAAUCUGGAUCUCACUAAACCUACGUACACGAACCUCAACCGUCUCAUCGCUCAAGUACGGCCUCCUUGA